CUUUUGCAGCCUCACAAGAAAAAGAAACCAUUCAUAGAGAAGAAGAAAGCAGUAACAUUUCACUUAGUGCACAGAAGUCAGAGGGAUCCACUUGCUGCUGAUGAUACCGCACCCCAGAGAGUUCUGCUGCCUACACAGAAAGGGCAUGAGGAACAAAGGAGGGAAGAGCAGCGGAAGUAUGGAGUCUUCUUUGAUGAUGACUAUGACUAUUUGCAGCAUCUAAAAGAAGCCUCUGGUCCCUCUGAGCUUGUCCCUUCUGUGCGUGGACAGCAAAGCAGAAUUGUUGUCACAAGUGAGGGGUACAUAGAAGAUGAAAUUCAGCGAGUUCCAGCUCCAUCUAUUAAAUUGCCUUCCUCAGUAUUUGCCACAGAGUUUGAAGAGGAUGUGGGCUUGUUAAAUAAAGCUGCUCCUGUUUCAGGACCACGGCUAGAUUUUGACCCUGAUAUUGUUGCAGCUCUUGAUGAUGAUUUUGACUUUGACAAUCCAGAAAAUAUCCUGGAAGAUGAUUUUGUUCUACAAGCAAAUGAACCACAGAAAGGGGGAUCAGGUGCUGAGGAUGAAGAUGAAUGGGAAGAUGUGGAGGAUGAUAGUGAUGAAAAGGACAGUUACAGUAAUGAUAAAGACUAUGACUCAGAAGGUCCUUUAUCAGAUGAUGGGGUUAAUGGAGAGACAAAAGAAUUUCUUUUUAUGCAAGAAGAAACCAGGAGUCGUUUCACAGAAUAUUCUAUGACAUCUUCAGUAAUGAGAAGGAAUGAGCAGUUAACCCUGUUGGAUGACAGAUUUGAGAAGUUUUUUGAACAAUUUGAUGAAGAUGAAAUUGGAGCCUUGGAUAAUGUGGAGUUAGAAGGCUAUAUUAACACAGACAAUGCUCGGUUGCAGGAAGUCCUGAACGAUUACUACAAAGAGAAAGCAAAGAAUUGUGUGAAAUUGGAUGCUCUUGAACCCUGUGAAGAUUUAGAUUCUGCUGUGAAUGAAGAAAGUGAGGAAGAAAAGGAAGAAAUAGUAGCUGUAGUUAUUGAGGAACCAAAAGAAAAGUGGGAUUGUGAAUCCAUUUUGAGUACAUAUUCAAACUUAUAUAAUCACCCAACACUUAUUAAGGAGCCAUCAAAGCCCAAACCAAUAAAAAUUUCUCAGAAGACUGGAAUUCCCCUACAUAUCUUGCCUCAGAAAGGUCUUACUGCUAAGCAGAUUGAACGCAUGCAAAUGAUUAAUGACAGUGACCUGCCAAGAGCAUCAACUCAGCCCCGCUCCAAAGACGAGAGCAAAGAGGAGCGCAAAGCUAGAAAACAGGCAAUAAAAGAGGAGCGAAAGGAACGCCGAAUGGAGAAGAAAGCCAACAAGCUAGCCUUCAAAUUGGAGAAAACAAGGCAAGAAAAAGAGUUGCUCAAUCUGAAACAAAAUGUUCAAGGACUGAAGCUGUCUUGACAAAUCUGAGGAACUUAACUGUGGAAACAUCCUUAAGUUUUCAUUUGUAUUGAGAAGGGAACUGCUAACUCAUAGCUUUGCCAGUCAUGCUCAAAGGGGGUUAUUCAGAUGCUACUGUAACAAGAACGGUAACUUGUCAUUCCUUCUGAACUGAAGUUAUAUAUAAAACAAUGUAUUAGUGAUGUCUUUUCUGUCAUGAGUCCCAUGGCAACUGUUGGAAAGUUUCAUUACAGUAGAAAUGUAUUAAAAUGAUAAAAAAAUAUUUUUCUUACAAGCUAUGACUGGACAAAGUUUUUUAUAUAUAUAUUUGUUGAAUGUAUUCAUCAAAUCAGCAGAAUCCUACAGAUUUAAUCUGAUUAGAUUCUUCUAUUAAAUUAUUUCAGUUUACAAA